AUGGCUGACAGUUUGUGCCUGAGGGCAGAGACUUAUCAGAAUGAGUGGUCGACCCCGCUGAACAGCGGCGGAAAUGUCUUUUCCUGUUGUGUUGCGGUAAUUUUACUGGUUUAUGUGGUUAUCACGAGGAAGAAAAAAGUGUCAGCGAUGCAUUUCAAUUUCAAGGUAAGGACGGGGGACGGAAAAACUUCCGGAAAGCGGCCCACUCUCAAAAAAGAAAAUUUUUCCGCACUAGCAGCUUGCGCCCUGGUUUCCCUGCAGACUGCGAACAAAAUAGGAAACAGCCUAAGCCUGAGGCUAAGCCUAACCUGCCUAAGCCUGAGGCGCAGCCUAAGCCUGAUAUUCCUUGCAACCUGAAUUGUUCGGGCGCAAGCUGCGAAGGCGAUUUUCGAGAAUGGGCCGCUUUGCGGAAGUUAUACCCGGGGGACUUGUUUUUUGAUGCAAAAAAUGGGGUGAGCAGUGGGGAAUUACUAUUGGCAUUUUCACAAAGUGCCUGGACAUUUUUUCACAGUGCAAAACCAAAAAAAGGCGAGUGCACGGUGCAAAAACUCGCAAAUUUUCGUGCACGCUGCGGACCGCGACAAAUGUCCAGGCACUUUGUGAAAAUGCUAUUUAAUAAACUUUGCAUUUCAUAUUUACAAAUUUUUGGCGUUUGCUCUGCGCAGGAAAGGAGCAAUUUUGUUUUCUCACAGUGCACGAAAUCAUCCAGCGGCUUUUUGAAUAGAGUGGUACUAGUCGCGCCAUAAAGUCCUGACACAUUUGUCAAACAUUGGAGUGAGCUCGCGCAACAGUGCGUGUCGCUAGUGCAAAGACGGGCAAUGGCCGCGACGGGCCCGAAGGGAAAACAAAAACGCACUGUGCAAAUGUGUCAGGACUUUAUGGCGCAACUAGUACUAGUCGCGGAAAAAAGUCCUUGGAAUUUUUCGGGGCACCCAAAUCUCGUCGCACCCCGAAAUGUUGAUUUGUCGCGGGAAUGGCGCGCGACAAUAAGGCAAAAACAAGAAAAUUGCACUGUGCAAAAGCACUUUUCGGGUUCAUGCACAGUGCGGAGUCCCAGAAAAUUCCAAGGACUUUUUGCCGCGACUUGUAUCAGCCUGUCGGGAAAAUAAUAAGCAAAAUGUCGCUUCGCCGAUCGCAUUGCUGAAGCGAAAAGCAAUUUGAUUUUGCCGCGACGAAAUUCAUCUUCUAAACGGCGGUGCGAUUUUCGAUGCGACAGAGAGCUCAUUAUUUUCCCGACAGACUGAUAAUGCCAUUUGAUAUUUGACCAGCAAAACUUUUUCAGUCUUGACUCUAUAAAUUUCAUUAAAAAAAUUUUUGAAUCGACUGCUGAAAUAUAUAUGUAUUUUUGAAAUCGUUGGUUUGCAAUUCGCAACACCGCCGAGAUAUUACGCGGUUUUUUAUGACUGUAGUGCCAAUAUUUUUUAUUAUUUUUUUACUCAUCACCGUGAGCUUUGUCACGAUGAAGAUUUUUUAUCGAAACAUUUCGAAAUUUUGAAGACCCUGUUUUUUGUAUGUGUAUGCUCCAAAAAGUUUGUUUUUUACAACUCAUCAAAAGUUUACCCUCCAAAACAAUUGUUAUUCGCAUUCCGUGCCCGUUCCAGAUAAUAGUCUACAAUAUUUGGUGGAUUGUCUUCUUCUACCUCACUUCUACAAUCAUUGCGUAUUGCUAUGACCUGUAUCUUCAACAUACCUCAAGCCCAUGCCAAAACACUUACAUUGUUUGGCAGUGUCUGGCAUUUCGCUGGCCAAUCGCGUUGGGGAGUUGUUCCAUGAACUUUUUUCAUUUCGCUGUUUUCUUUGAGCGAACCGCGGCCACCAGACUCUUCAGGCAAUACGAAAUGGGGUGCAAGUUGUUGGGAGUCAUCGUUCUGAUCGUUACGGUAGGCUCAAAGGCUGUUUUUUAUGCAUGGCUCGGGACUUGUAUUUACAGUCCCGAGCCUGUACAGAAAACUAAAAUUGUAGGUCUUAUACGGCCAUUAUCAACCAAAAAAUGAUUCUUCUUGCUCGGCGGAGAGUUUUGUCAUCAUAAUUUUUUAAAUGGCUUAAUUUUUUCUCCGCCGAACGGCCGUUUUUUCAUCUGCCAGUCGGCCGAAGAGAUAAUAAGCCGUAUUUAGGCUCCAUGCCACCAAGCAUACCAUAUCUUUCGGCUUUAGUCAGUUUUGACCCUCUAAAGUCGAAGACAAAUCGUCCGCCAAGGUUAAAGAAUGUCUCCGCCAAAUUAUAAAAAUUUGAGACAAAUCUCAUUUUAUAUCUUCUGCAUUUUUCCGUCCAUUUUCUUUACACUUACAAAAAUUUACAGCUUCAUUUGUGAAAAAAAGACACUCCGCCGAAUUCAAGGCGGAUUACGGAAGUCUCCGCCGAUAAAAGAAACAAAAAGUUUUUUUUUUUGACUCUAGAAACUCCAAGGUUUUUCUGCAAAAUGCAAAAAAAAAUUGGAUUGGACCGCCGAGCACAAAGUUACAGUGAGGGACCUGAUCCAGUGGCAAAAAACGUGCCAUUUUGCAUCCGGGAAGCAUAAAAAAUGUGGCAAAAUGCUUCCUUCUCCAAGUGAAAAAAACGUCGUUUUGAAGGUCGCGCCCUUUCCCUCACGGAAAGAGCGGGCGCGCUUUUGAAAUCCGAGUUUUUUCACUUGGAGAUGGAGGCAUCUUGCCACAUUUUUGAUACUUCCCGGAUGCAAAACGCUACGUUUUUUUGCCACUGGAUCAGGUCCCCCACUGUAUUAAUGAGUAGUUUUUUUUUCUAUAAUUCUUGAAACUCCUGUAUUUUUAUAUCCACUUGGGGUACUUCCCCUGUCAGUAAAUCAGGGGUUCCGCUACUUUUUCCAUUUUUCAGUGGCUCACCGUCCUCACAAUCUUCUUCUACGUCUACCGACAGGACGACUACUCUGCAGUCUUGCCUGUCUGCUCCGUAACGCAAGCAGUGAACGAGCGGCGAAUCCAAAACAUGGCGUAUUUUAUGUUGACGGUCAAUUUGUUGGUCGCGGCUGGCGAAAUUUAUUUGUGGAAAGUGAAUCGGUGCAAGGUGAAGACACGGUAAUUUCUCGCGCUUGAAAAUCCAUUAGUCUGUCGGGAAAAUAAUUUAUUUUAAUAUGUAGCAAAUUUCUUCAAAAUCUGAACAUUGCGCCUCAGGCAAUUUUCCUGAAACUCCACGAUCAGUUUGUCGGGAAAAUAAUGAGCACUCUGUCGCAGCGAAAAUCGCAUCGCCGCCGAGAAAACGAAUUGUGUCGCGACAAAAUCAAAUUGCUUUUCAUUUUAGCGAUGCGAUUUACACAUUGACAUUGGGCUCAUUAUUUUCCCGACAACUGAAACUAGAUAAUUCGAAGGAUGAUUUCUCUCUAUUCUAGGAUCAACAAUCAUUAUUCCCUCGCAAUUUCCUAUCAAAAAACGGAGAAUUAUUUGACCAGCGUUCUGGUCCUGCCCAUCUCCAUAACCCACUCCAUUCUCUACAUGUCCUACUUGACCACCGCGCAAGUUAUCCGGUAUUUUGUUAGUGCGGAAGAAACCCCCGUCCUUCAUGUUACCCUGCUUACGUUGGCGCAUCAAGUAAGGCGUAAAAAAAGUAUUCUUUAGGAGUAAAAAACGGUUUUUUGACGCCCAAACUUCCAGAUCAUUUACAUCGACAUUGUGGUUUGCUUACUGCUCUACAUAUACAUCUCAAGGCGCGUGGAAGAGGAGAGAAAAGUGAGGGAGAUCAGGAUGAAGCAUGGCUUUCGAACCGAGAUGUAUUUUGAUAUGUUGCGGCGGCAGUUGCAAUGA